CGGUCACACUGAUUUUGUGAUUUUGGUUAGCCGCUUGCAAACUUGCAAAUCAUUUCGUUCGUUUUUUCACUUGCCGAGUUAAUUGGUAAAUUUGAGCACAAAACAUGAGCCGAUUGGGCUUUGAGCAAUUCCCGGACUACCAGGUUCCCGGCAUGAAGCAUGCUGACUUCUCGCCCUACGAGUCCAAUGGCGGCUCCAUUGUGGCCAUCGCCGGAGAUGACUUCGCCGUGAUUGCAGCUGACACCCGCCUGAGCAGUGGCUACAACAUUCACUCCCGAACGCAAAGCAAACUCUUCAAGCUGUCCCCCCAGACGGUGCUGGGUUCCACAGGCUGCUGGGCGGACACCCUCUCGCUGACCGGAUCGAUGAAGGUGCGCAUGCAGAGCUACGAGCAUACCCAUCUGCGCACCAUGACCACGGAGGCCGUCGCGCAGAUGCUCUCCAUCGCCAUGUACAAUCGCCGCUUCUUCCCGUACUACGUGUCGAACAUUCUGGCCGGUAUUGACAACGAGGGCAAGGGUGUCGUCUACUCGUACGAUCCCAUCGGUCACUGCGAAAAGGCUACAUACCGCGCCGGCGGCACUGCCGGCACGCUGCUGCAACCUGUGUUGGACAACCAGAUUGGCCACAAGAACAUGAACUUGGCUGACGCCGACAAGAUCAAGUUGACCAAGGAGCGGGCCGUGAGCGUUGCCUCCGAUACCUUCAUCUCGGCCGCUGAACGCGACAUCUACACCGGCGACUCUGUGCUGAUCAACAUCAUCACCAAGGAUGGCAUUGAAGUUCGAACUCUGACGCUGCGUCAGGACUAGCCUGUGACGAGAAUGUUGGCGUCUCAUUUGGUUAGGGGCAUUCGGUGGAAACCAGGCAUUCUAAGUUAGUUGGCUUCAAAUUUUUGUAUUUACUCAAAACAACAAAACAUCUUAAUAAACCGAGUCUUUGAGAUUCAAAA